CGCAUAUCUUAAAUAUUGAAUCAAUAAAUUUACUGUUAUUCAUUAAAAUAGUACUGCAUUAGUAUUGAUUUUUAAAAUAACUAUAACAAAGAAGGGGGAAAUAUUUUUUAAGUGUGGUAAUUUGAUCGAUAGAUCUGUGCUGUAAACAAGGAAGCGACUGUCCCCAAAUAAAGGUUCAAAAUGGCUACCAACUAGCUCGUUACCUUGUCAGGUAGGCUACAGGUACGAUGUUACUAAAUACUAAUAACUCAACGAUUUUUCGUUUAUUAAAAAAAAAAUUGCCGUCACCAAGACGCCGCUUUAUAUAUAUUUGAAAUAAUAGGCUUAAUUGUUGUCCAAUUUACAUAGUAAUAUUUUAUCAUUUAUAGUUUUGUCACACUUAAUUCAUUUAUGAUAUGAUUGCUAUUAUUAUUAUAAUUAUUAACUUAAGUCUUAGUUUAAGUCUAGUCGCCUUUUGAAUAUGUCUCAUUAAAUCAUUUACGAAGGGUAUACAGUUAUAGAGUAUAUAGGAAUAGAAUUAGAAGCACGACAAUCUGUGUCUUAGUCUUAGAACUGUGUAUAAAUAAAUGAGAACGUGAAGACAAAAGUUUUGACUGCACUGGUUACUGUUAUACUUAUACUGUUAAAACUGUUUAAAAUGAAUGCCAUUGUAAGACUCAAAAUAAAAAAUUCAAUAUUAUUUUCAUUUUUUGACCAUUAUGAUUAUAAUACUAAUAUUUGAAGUGUUGAGCCAUUUCGACAAUACGGCCAACAAAAACCGUGAAUAACCUAGCAAUGCUAAUAUUACCUAGUGAAAACCAGCAGCUCAAAAUUUUAUCCUUACUUACUUACUUACUAUUUUUGAAUUAAAUGAAACAUUAUCAAGCAUUAAUGCACCUACAGCCUAAAGAAACUUUAUCUUAAAAUUAUCAAACAAUAACCUCUUUAAAUAAAAAUUAAUUUUAAAAAACUAGGCACAAAAAUAAUUAUUCUAAAAAGUCUCUAUACAAUAAUAUACUAAUAAAUAAAUUGAGAAUAUAUAUUUCCAGCAAUCGCAUAUAUGUAAAAAAUGUUAGUACCAAUGACCAUUGCGUUUUUUAACCCACAGUUACAGAUAUGAUUAAAUGAAGUAAAACAGAACAGGCUGUGCAGAAUGUAAAUCAGGCUGUGCAGAAUGUAAAUCAUGUAAUUUUAAGAAACUAUUUGAUCAAAUCUGCAAAAAAGACACGAUGGGUGUGUGGAGACCCAGUACAUCACUGUGGACUGCUGGAAUCACAGCUAUGCUGCUGUCAAAGUGUGUGCUGGGGCAGCUUAACCCGGCAUUAGCCAAUGAUCCACUUAACACCAAUGCUGCCUCAAAUAUUUGUAAGUGAAAGUUUGUGUAUCUUUGAACAAAACAUUUGAAUGCUUUAUUUUAAAUCACUGAUUAUCGAAUUUAAUUUUUAAAAAUAUUUUAUUGUUUUUGUUUACAGUUUGAAGCCAAUGUCCAAUUUUUUUCCCCCUAAUAGUAGUUGCACUAUUACAAAUUAAUAUUUUAGUUAUAAGUAAUUAUGAAGCUUUUUGAAAAAAAAUGUAAGCAAAUUUUAUUUACUGUGAUAUCCAACAUGUAAUAAUAUUUUUAAAAAAAAGAAAAAAAAAGAUCAAGAACCUAUCAGCCUAGUAGGCCUAAUUAAAAGUUUUACGACAAGCUUUUUUUUGAACCCAUUAUCUGUUCAUUAACAUUAUAGGGCCUUGAUCUAUGGGUGGAAAUGAAUUAAUCAUAGUUAAUUUAUUAUAUAGAUUUAAAAAGUUAAAAACAAUACAUUUUAUUUAUGCUAUUCAUGAAAUUUAAUCAAACUUCUUCUGUUUAAAGUUUACUUUGAUAGCAACAGUGACUGCAAUGGUCCCAUCAAAAACCUGUUUGGGAUUCAAGCAACAAUUCGUGGCUCAGAUCUGUCAUCCCAAAGGCUUGGGCCAACAACGUGCACCAUACGACUGCGGUCAGAAGGGCAGUUUGAUGGCACCGUCCUUGACAUUGAAGUUAAAUCAAUGAACAUUCUUGACUGCACAACACAAGUUGCCAUUUAUGAUGGUGAUGGGGCCCAAAUUUUACUGGUUAGUCCACAAGAUUUCUAGCAGAGAUUUACAAUAUAUCAAAGAUUUACUCUUUAAUAAGAUGGGAUGAAAUUUAACAGUAAAACAAAGGGAAAUAUAAACUUCGAUAAAGAAGUUUGCUUCAGGUUGACAAUUUUUUAAUAAAAAAAAAAAUGUCAAUGUUAAUUAUCAGCUAAAGUUUUAUCUCGUUAUUCAGAUGUCAUAUGACUGUCGCUCAUCCCAGAACCAAAACAGAAAGAGGUUUUUAACAUCAGGAAACACAGCAACGUUCAUCAUGACCAGGCAGAACGUCAACAGUUUCCAGUUUGAUAUUGAAAUCACGAUUAAUCCAGUCAGAUGUAUGUGAUUUAUCAGCACUUUUUAAUAUUUCUACAGUGUCAUUGUUAUUGUCUAGCAGUUGUAUUAUAUAAUAGUGCAAAGCCUAUUCUCUUAUUAUAUUAAUCAGUCAUGCAUAAUUUAUUUGAUCUAUUUUAAAUUUAAUACACUUAAAUUUUCAAAACAGAGCAAGUAAACAUUAUUGCUAAUUCCUAAUAAAAUACAUGUAUAUAUUUAAAAAUAAAAGAAGUUAUGUUUGGUGGGUUGGGUUAAUAAAGGAUGCAUUUUGGUAAUGAGAUUAUCUUAUGUUUGAAUUUCUUUCUGGUCAGUUUUAUUUGUCUAAACAAGGCAUAACAUAAUUAUGUGAUCUGCUUAGUUUAUAAACAAAGCUCAGGUGAAAUAAAUAUUUUGUCCUUUUUGUGGACUGUUUGCUUUAAAAGAAAUUUAAAAAUCUAUGCUUGUACAUUUUUAACUUGUUUUUUAUGAUUACUUUAAGCUGGGGCUGAUGCUGGUUAUGAGAACAAUUAUGGAAAGGAUAACCCAUUUGCAUUUGACAAGUUUCCCCAAGAGGCAAUUGUAGGAAUGAUCAGUGGCUUCUACGUUUUUAUACUGAUUAUAUGUGUAGCAGUCAUUAUCUACCAGAACCGAACUUUUGCUGGCUUAAAUAAGAAAUGGGAAACACAUCAACUGGCAACACUCAAGACUGGUAGGCAUUGUUGUUUAUACUUAUACAUGCAUAUUUUAACACAGCUUUCUAUUUGUUUUGUGUGUAUCUCUUUCUGUGUUUUUAUGGGUGUUUUAAAACAGUGGUUCUCAAACUCAAAAGGAAACUAAGUUAGAUUAGAAUGGCAAUGUUUUUGUUUUUAUUAUAUUAACUGUUGAUAUUUAAAGUGUGGUAAUUUGAAAGUGUAAUAAAACAGGAAUAGCCUUUUUGGUAGCCACUGUUUUUAGUGCUUGAAAUGCAGACUAAGCUUUGGGAAAUUAUAAAAACUAUUUGAGCAUGUUAGUAAAGAACCAUUAACUUAUAUCGAAAUAUCUUUUUAAUUUUAAGGGUUCAGUGUCUAUUCAGCUUUAAAUUACACAUAUUAAGUUUACAAACUCGAGUAUAAAAGUUUGUAGUCUUAAGAUUUUGUACAACCAGUUCAUGAACUCUUUUUAUUAAAGGUUACUAAAGCAGAUAUGUCAGCUCAUACAAUAAUUCAUAUCCUUGUGAUAGAAAUGAAUUCAAAUAAUCAAUAUUUGAAGUAAUCAAAUGUCAGAAAAAGAAUUAGUUAGUAGUAGUAUAGUACACUGCAUUUAAAAAUGAUAUGAUCAAUUCAAUAUUAUAUUUUAACUGUUUAAAGUAUCUAAAUAUUUCUUUCAAUGAAGUUUGCUGUGACUAAAUACAUAGACAUACACAUUUCAACGAAAAUAGGUGUUGUUCACUUGCAAUCUUCAGAUUAGAUUGAAAAAAUAGAAAGCAAAUACAGUGUAAUUUUGAAGUAAGAAGUUGAAACACAGAUGUUUACUUUGAAUUUACUAGUUAUAUUUUUAAUGAAAUUUGUUUAAUACUUUUUUUUAAAGAAAAAAAUCUCAGGUUCAUUUCAUAAGCCAUUGUAUAUCUCAGUGAAAUAAAAUAAAUAAAUUCAGUAGUCUUUAAAAGUUCAUUCUGAGAUAGUUGUUUUGAAAUGUUUAAAAGUGAAAUUCAAAACUCUUUACAGCAGUGUUUCUCAAAAGAGUGAAAAGUUUUGAAAUUUCACCAGGGAUGUGCCAGAUUUAUUGAUUUUUUUUCCUCUUCAUUUGACCAUUAAUUUUCAAGUUGUGCACAGAAGUAAUGCAAAGCUCAUUAACUGGUGCCGGUCUGCGGACACCAAGGCGGGAAACAUCGCCUUACAAGUCUUAAUCAUAUUAUCAUUUACAUUUCUUUUUUGUGUAAAUAGGCUUUAAAGAGAUUAUUUUAAAAUUUAAACUUCUUUAAUUAAAAAAAAAUGAAAGUAAAUACUCUGAUAUAAGGUGUAGACUUACAAUAUUGGUUUUCAGGAAUUGGCUUCGAUGCUAAGAGUCAAAUGACACAGCCGUCUCAUAUCUCAACUGUAGGAGGGAUGAAUAGCCGUGGUCCGGCUAGUCAGUAUUCCACACACCCUAUUGAGCGCAAAAAAGUCCCCCGAAGCGAAGAUGGUGAUAGUGGUGUAUACUAUAAUGGCGAGUGUAGUUCUGCUUCCUUUCGUUGUCUAUUUCUUGCUGUCUGCAUGGUAGUGGUAAAUGAUUAAUGUUGUACACCCAGAUCUAACCUUUAUUUUUCUAAAUCAUGUAGUGUUGAUUUUAUAUUCAGGAAAUUUAUUAACUGAUAAAUUAACAUCACAAAUUAAUAAAGUUGCAUAAGGAAAGUUACUUUUUCAUUAAAUUCACCACUGGGUUGAUUUUGAAAUAAAAUAAAUUAACGACUCAAGUAUUAUACUAAAUGAAAAUUUUUUUUUUUUAUCAUAACAUUAAUUAUUAUGUGAAUUAGUCUAUAGCUUAGUUGCACAAAGUAUAAACAAUAAAUGUUUCCCCACUGUUUAUAUAAUUUUUUUUUUACAUUAUAAUUAUUUCUCAUUAUUGUUUUGUUGCUCAGCCUUAAGAAAAUUUUGUAGAAAGAUAAUCUAAAAGUACCUUUUAAAAAAACAAACAAAAAAACUACCAGUCAUGAAAGGAAGGAUGUACCCUUUAAAUGAGUUUGAAUAAGAAAUUAUAUACACAUAUUGCUCUGUACAAAAAUAUCUACUUAACUCUGAUUUUUUUGGUCGGUUUUGUAAAUAUAUUCCAUGCCGUAAAUAAAUCCUAAAUAUCACAGUUAAGUGUUAAAUUCUAUAAUCUUUUAAAGGUUAACUUUAUUUAAGACAUUGCAUCUAAAUUGCAUUUGUUAUCCAAAACUUCAAUUAUUUCAAAACAUCUGUGUAUGAGUGUCUAAUUAUUUAAAGCAAGUAUAUAUUUCAACGAUGUAUGUGUUGCAAGCUCCAUUUAAUCAAGAAUAACCAAUUCUUUUAAAUAUGUAUUUGGAUAUAAAAGUCACUUUUCUUGCAUUUAAAGGAAAUUUAAUUAGCAUUUUUCUAUUUUUUUUAAAGGUAUUAACUUAAAAAUAGUACUGUGUUACUAGCAAAAUUAGCAUUAUAAAUUUUAAAUGUUUAUUUCAGAAGUCAGAGAUCAUAUUACUUAAAUUGUGGGAUUGCUGUGCGUUAAAUUGAGAAAUUUUAUUGAGAAAAAUUUCUGUAUUAUAGCUGUUGAUUAGUCUGUAGUAUUCAGAAUUUAUUAUGAAUUUUGUAUAUUCAUUUGUAAACAUCUGUGAUUUCCUCUUGUUGCUUCAGGCAUCUUAAAAAAAACUUUUUAUUAAUUUCCUUGGUCACAAUUAUUUUCAAGGCUGUUUAACACAGGCUAAUUUGUAUCAAAGGAUUAUUGGAAGGAAUUUAACAAUGCUUCUAAGUCCUUGUCAUUCACACAUGUAUCUUCCUAUUUUUCAUCAUUGUUGACUGUACACUUUUAAUUAUUUACAUUUAUUAUUUGAUAUAUCAUUUGAAAAAAUAUUUUGCAACGCUUAACUUGUAUUUUCUUUAAUUUUUUUGUACAAAAAAAAAAUAAUCUGAUAUCAAUCAACAUUCAAUUUUUUUAUUUAACAUAACAAAGUUUUUUCAGGAAAAUUAUUUAAAAUUUAACAUUUUGUUAUAAGAAAGCUAAUGCAGGCAUUUUACUCAAGUUGUGAUAAAGUUCCAUCUUAUACUGAAGCAAAAAUAAUGUUGCAAUAAAAAAGAUUCCAAUGUCUUACACUGAGCAUAGCACGUGUCCCCCUUUUUAAACAUUAAUUACUUUCAGUUUCAAGUGACAUAUAGUAAUUUGCAAAGUUGAAGAAACAAAAACUUACUAUAUUAUAUUCAUAUUUCCUUGCAGAAGAGUCUUUCCAAAAGAGACGUCUCAUGAAUGAAGAAAAUGUAAGGCCUAAAGACAGGUAUGUAGCAAAUAGCGCUUACAGUGAACCAGAGGAUGCUAGGGACAGUUUUGUUGAGAAAGUCAUUACUUCCAGGGUCAAGACAAGGAAUAAUCGCCCACCAUCCUAUGCGGAAGCUCUUAGUGAUCAACCUUCCGAGAGCUCAGAAGAAGAGGAUCACUCUGAUGGCUCAAGCAGCGGCAGCUCGGUGGGGAAAAGAUCAGUCUCAUCAGAGGAAGAAAGAUCUGAGAGGUCUUCUGCAAGAUCAAGGUCCACCAGGUCUGGAACACCAUCUGAAACAGAAUCAGAAAGUGAGAGUGAUGCUCCUAGUUCAAGAAGAGGUCACAGAACACGGCCUGGAAAGCCUAAGAAGAAGAAGAGACGAGAUUCAAGUGAUGCAGACGGAGGUCCGUCAAGGCCAAGGCAUCAACACCAGCAGCCCCCUACAGCUGUCCAGAUGCAGCGACCUCCUAUGCAGUCUAUGCCUUAUGGGGCCUAUCCUCCUGGCCAAUUUGUCCCCAUGAUGGCUGGACCACCGGCUUUUCAGCCUGUACCAAUGGUCCCAGGUUACCCACCUCCUCGCUAUCCUGUGGAGCCGAGGCCUGUCAGGGGUCCACAAGUGCAUCCCACAGAUAUUCCCGUUUACUCCUACCUUGUACAGAGAGGUUACAAGCCAGUAGAAGAUAGCAACACCUCCCAGGGCAGUGGAGGGGAUACCCCACGGUCGGGUAAUGGCCGGCUUGAAGAGCCAGAACUACGGCUAGACAGCGGGGUGGAGUACAUGCGAAGGUAAAGUCCUACAUUUAUGCUAAUGUCUAAUGUUUGGAGACUUUUUACCUAUCAAAUGAACUUAGAAUUCAUAUUUUAUAACUGAAAUUUUUUACAAAUUUGAAAUGCACUUUUUAAAACUUAAGUUGAUAAACAAGUAAAAAAUGUUAAAGAUAAAUUUCUUGUAGCAGGCAAAAAUUUCUUGUAGCAGGCAAAGAUAUGCAAUGACAUAAUUGAUUUUAGGCUUUUAAAAAAAAAAAUCUUUUUCAUAACAAAUUGCAUUUCUAUGAAUUCAAAUUUUUUCACAAUUACUGUUAACUUUAAUUAUUUGACAGUUUAAAAUAUAUAAACUAAUGAAGUUUUAAAAUGUAUGAUCUAUGACAAGUACAUUUUAAUUUUUUUGUGUUGAAAUUCACUUGUGGUUAAGUAAUUUCUUUUAUACUGACACUGAAUAGUGUUGACCUGAUUGCGUCUUCUGAAUGUAACAUGUUUUGAUCACAUUAUAAAUACCUAGCAAUUUUACAAUAAAUUUUUAUACAUCUAAUGCACAUUCCAAAUUAUAUGGGCCAUGUUCAUUGUCAUUAUGAAUAAAUAUUUUUUAAGCCAGUUUUCAAGUCCAAAUAAUAAAUAAACUUUACAUCCUUGGCAUUUUAAUAUGCUCUGUUUAAAUGUAUACAAUUAAAAAAAAAACACAUUCCAUGAAAUAUUCAUUCCAUUUGGCGCUUAGCAUCAAGAAACCUCUUGUUUAUAAAUGAAAUGUAAAGGACAGAUAAUUCAUCCUAAUGUCUCUAACAUUCUAGUUUUAAAAUAGUCAUUUAAUGGAUGUUGUAAUUAAGUAAUAAAAAGAUACCAUGUCUUGAAUGUUGUACAUAGCAAUUUUACCAAACUGUUUGUCUCAAGUAUGUAAUCUUUAAAUGUGUAAGAAUGAUUAAUAAUCUGUAACAGCCAGAAUGAUAAAAGAAUUGAAAUAGAGUCUAAAUGAAAUGUAAAGGAUCCAAGAUUAUAACCUUCCUAAUAGUUGCUCACACAACUUAUGUUACAGCACUAUAAAAGAUCCUUAUUUGUGCAUCAAGCAAUUGUUCUUAAAAAUGUGUUAUUUUAAAGGCAAAAGGUAGCCCAAGUUUUACAAUCAAUAUAAUAAAUUAAAAGAAAAAAAACACUGCAAAUAUUAUAAAACUUGGGAAUUAAAAUAUUUUAUAAACAAACUGAAGAAAAAGAAAUUUAAAUAAAUCAACAGAAAUUUAAAAUUAAACAUUUUAACAAAAUUGUUUCUUAUUUUUAAUAGAAUGCAUUAAGGUACUGCAAAUGAUUUUUUAUUCCUAAUAUUUGGAUAUCAUAAUUUUAAACAAUAAAAUAAUAUGUUGUCUAUGUACAGAUAUUAUAUCCAUUGAUUGAAAUUGCAAUAGUGAUAUCUCAAGCAACCAUAUAAAUAAUUCAUAUAAUUUUGAUUUAAAAUUAUCUUUAGUGAAAAUAUUAAAAAUAUUUAUGUUGAUUAUUUUAAAAAAUGUGGCUUUUCCUUAAAAUUGUAGCUUUUAAUUUAAUACUGUAAAUAAAAUUGGCAUUAUUUAGUCAAAAAAAGGCUGUUUAUUCUUGGAUUGAAAAAUGUAAUUUAAACAAAAGUUAUUUGCUAAUUUUACUACGGUGAUGUCACCCAAGACUGAAUGGGAUUAAUCAUUUAAAGUUUAAUAUUUUUAACGAAUCCGAAACAUAUCCUGAUUUUUAUUUACAAGCUACUGGAGCAGCAAGUUGUCUCUGUUGUUAGUUUGGAUUUUAAAUAUUUCAGUACACUACAUAGGUAUCAAUGUGUAUUGUGCACAGGUAUACAGUACAGUGCCUUCUUUUACUGAUACAUAAUUAUACUGAAACAAUUUUUUGUAUGUUCAUGGUAAAACAUAGUUUCCUUUAUAUAUUUUAACAGAUAAAGAAAUAUUUCAUUUACAAACUGUAAAUAUUUAUAUUAUGAAGUUUCAUUGUUUGUGCUUGGCAUAUAAGAGUAUAGUGAAUUUACAAUAUUUUUUGAUUAUCCUAUUUUUUUGUGUACAAUAAAUUUCUUAAACGUAAUAAUGAAGUUGUUUUUAUUUUGUAUAAAUAUAUGCAAUGCUGUUACCACUUACUUAGCUGAAUAAUUUCCUCAUACAAGUAUUCUUUCUAAAUUCAACUUUAAAAUCAAUAUUUUUUUAACAAAGGAAUUUUAACUUAUAUGUUUAUUUGUCCUCAAUGUUACUGAAGCCAAAG